CAACCCUUCGUGUGAAACCAUAAUGGUAGACGGCGUUUUGACUGCAGAUCUAUUCUAGGCCGAGCAAUUUUUCCAAAAAGCAAAAUGGGGAGUGAAGACGUGGAAAAGCUAGAACUUGAGUCAACAAUAGGGUUUGCUGGAAGUGUCCCUGGUGGGCUUCUGGUACAUCCAGAUGCAAAUCAUUUGAUUUACCCACUUGGCAAUACUGUUGUCAUUGAAGACUUAAUGGCAACAAAGCAUGAUAAGAGCAGGCAGCAGUUCCUCUCGGGGCACACAAACAAUGUUUCUUGCAUUGCAGUCUCAAAAAGUGGUCGGUUUGUUGCUUCAGGUCAAGUAACCCACAUGGGUUUCAAAGCAGAUGUGAUAGUCUGGGAUUUUCCUUCUAAAUCUUUAUACAAGAAACUUGCACUGCACAAAGUCAAGGUACAAGCCCUUGCUUUCUCACCAAAUGACAAGUUUCUUGUCACACUUGGUGGUGAAGAUGAUGGAAGUGUUGUUGUCUGGGACUUGAAAAAGAAGGAUGCAGUUUGUGGCUCUCCUGCAGCAGUGCUGAGUGCUGGUGUUACAUUUUGUGUUGCAUUUGCUAACAACAGUGACAAUAUCUUUGUCAGUGGUGGAAAUAAAACACUUAGAGUUUGGGAAAUUGAUGAAGGAAGUAGAAUACUCAGACCAACUGACUGCAACAUGGGCCAAUUGAAAAGAAUUGUCAAAUGCAUCCAGGUAUCUGAUGAUGAUCAAUUUAUGUACUGUGGUACAACCAGUGGGGACAUUCUUCAGAUUAACAUGCGAACAAAACUUCUCUGCCAUUACGGACCUCCCAAGGACAAAUUUAGUAAAGGAGUUCUUUCACUGGCUUUGCUCAAGUCUGGAGAAAUUCUAAUUGGAGCUGGGGAUGGUACAGUUGCCAUUGUCCGUGGGGAAAAUUACAAGAAAGUCAAAUCUACUGAUGUUGAAAAGGGGGUUACCUCUCUGGCUCUACGAGGUCCCGGUCACCAGUUCUUUGCGGGUACAGAGAGAUCAGAUAUCUACAAAUUCAGCUACGCAGAGUUCUCUAAAGACCUGGUAACUGCCUGUCAUUCUGGGAGUGUGCUAGACAUUUCAUUUCCUUAUGAAUACUCUGAUGUCUUUGCAACUUGCUCAAAAGAAGACAUUCGAGUGUGGAAUGCGCAUACAAGCAAAGAGCUCCUUAGGAUUGUUGUCCCAAACAUGACUUGUCAUGCAGUGGACUUUAUGCGAGAUGGGAAAACAAUCAUAAGCGCCUGGAAUGACGGAAAGAUCAGGGCCUACACACCUGAAUCUGGAAAACUCAAAUACACCAUUCAUGAUGCGCACAAUAAAGGUGUAACUGCGGUGGCAACAACAUCUGACUGCACACGAAUCAUAAGUGGUGGUGGUGAGGGUCAAGUCAGAGUUUGGAAUGUUGGAUUGAAUGGCAGCUCUUACAAAAUGGCAGGUGCUAUGAAGGAACAUAAAGGCACUGUAACUUGCAUCAAAGUGAAGAGUAAUGACAAAGAGUGUGUUACUUCAAGCACUGAUGGAACAUGCAUUAUCUGGGAUCUUGAUCGUUUUGUGAGAAAUCAAAUCAUCUUUGCUAACACAAUGUUCAAAGCAGUUUGCUAUCACCCGGACGAAUGUCAGAUCAUUACAGUUGGCACUGACAGGAAGAUUGGCUAUUGGGAAACGUAUGAUGGCACUCAAAUAAGAGAGCUUGAUGGCACCAAAAGUGGAUCCAUAAAUGGACUGGACGUGUCUCCUGACCAAAUGUAUUUUGUUACAGGUGGAGAAGAUAAGUUGCUUAAGGUGUGGAAAUAUAAUGAGGGUGAAGUGACACAUCUUGGGAUUGGCCACAGUGGGGACAUCAUGCGAGUAAAGAUCUGCCCCCAACAAAAACACGUCGUGAGCGUUAGUGCAGAUGGUGCUGUUCUCAGAUGGAAAUUUCCUUUUUAAGGAACAUUUUUAUUCAUAUCAUUUAACUUUAUCGUGUACAAAAAACAUGUGAAUAGCAACAAUUUUACUUUUUCCCUAUCAUUUAGUCGUUGUUUCCAAUCAGUUGCUAAAUUUGAUUGCUUUAUGAGGAAAUUCAUUUGGACUAAUAAAUGAACUUUUGUUUUUGA